CACUAUAGAGAUGGCCGACAUCACUUCCGGCCAUACUGCGGUGUGUUGCUGUUGAGUAUUGUGUCAACGCUUGUAAUUGUUGCUAAAUUAGUAAUGCGGACUUUAUUUUAUUAAAAAAAGUAGAAAAUGUCAGAAGGUGAGAGUAAAAAAUUAUCCGAAUUACGUGUGGUUGAUCUCCGAGCCGAGUUAGAAAAGAGAGGUUUGGAUAAAAAUGGAGUAAAAAAGGACCUCGUUGAACGACUCCAAAAGGCGCUCCAAAAUGAGGGAGUUGAUAUUGAAACUUACACUUUCGACAUUAAUGAUAAGAAGCCAAACAAGCGGCUUUCGACGUCGUCAUCAUAUCAAGGUGACGAUAGCGUGAGUGAAAAAACCGAACUAGACGCUGAUAAAACGGAAAAAAGCGGCGAAAAAGAAAUGAAUGAUUCAAGCCAGGAUGAAUCAGAGAGGGCUGAGCGUGUAGACAAGUCAGAAGAAAUGGAGAAGAACGCAAACGAAGCCGAAAACGAGAAGAAAACUGAGGAGUCUGGUCAUGAUGAUGGAGAGGAGAGCGGGAUUGCUGAUAAAAAUGAGGAACCAGAGGCCAUCAAUUUGUCGUUAGAAGAAGAGGAAAACAUUAAUGAAGAGAAUGUGGAACUAGACGAGGAAAAUGCAGAGAAAAAUAUCACAUCAUCAGAUGAGAAGACAACAGCUGCAAAAGAACAGGGCCAGGUUGAGGAAUCCAAGGAGUCUGCUACAACCAGUUCUCCACAAGAGGCCUCCAAGAAAAAUCAAGAUGCCGAAACUGGAGCAAGUUCUAGCAAUGGAGCUACUGAAGAAUCCAAUCCUCAAAAGAAGCCGCAAUCUAAUCCGAGAAUACUCUGGAUAACCAAUGUUCCAAAAAAUACGCGCGCAAACGAGCUUAAACAACUUCUUUCGCCAUGUGGUAAAGUCGUAUGUGCUAAAGUCGUUGUCAACGCAAGAUUCCCAGGAUCUUGUUGCUUUGGUUACGUCACAAUGGGAACAGCCGAAGACGCUUCAAAUGUUAUCGCAAAACUCAAUAACACCGAAUUUAAUGGACAAAUUAUCAAAAUAGAUAAAUUCGAAAAUAUAAAAGCAGAUAACUUAAAUCCUGCGCGGAAAAAUAAAACCGAAGAAAAUAAGAAAGCACAGACUAGCGAAAAGAAAGAAGAUAAGACUAAGAAAAGUCCCGAGGGUAAAGAGAAGUCUGAACAAGGGACGAAAAACGAUGAUAAAGACAAAGCUGAAAGUCGCGCCAGCCCUGAAAGGAGGAAGUCUAUGACUUCGGACAGGUCGAGCCGUGGUCGACGGCGCACGCCCUCUAAGGAGCGCGUAAAAGACCGAGAGCGACCCUUCCCCAAAGCCGACUCCCGGGGAGCGGCACACAAAGUCAGCGUCCUCACUUUUGAUAAAAUCAAAGAGGAGCGAGAGAGACAGCGCAUGCGCGACCGCGAGCGCGCCCUGCGCGAAGACAGCCGACGCCGGCACGAGGAAGCCAUGCGCAUGCGCGAGAUGCGCGAAAUCUCCCGUCGACAAAGAAACGAAGCCGAGCGUCUUGAACGCGAGCGCGAAAAACUUCGACUCGAACGCGACAGGAUCGAGCGCGAAAAGAGCGAGUUGAUCAAGCUCGAGCGGGAGCGGCAGAGACUCGAGCGCGAGAAACUCGAAAUGGAGAAGAUGGAGCUGCAGAGAUCGCGCAUGCGUCUGGAGGAGGACCGCAGGGCUGUGAAGAGGCCGCUGCCGGUCCCCUACAGGCGCGAGGAGCCCUUCGAGGAGCGCAAGCGGCCCACGAACGACAGGCACUUCGAGGAGCCGCCGCGGUUCGAGCCGCCGCCGCACGCAAGUCCGAUACAGACUAAAAAAUUCUCGGCUCCCAAAGAUUUUAAGAGAUUGCCUUAUAAACAUGAGAGUUUCUCGGAAAAACGUGAUUUUAAUUCCGAACGGUCACAUCAUUCUUCAUCCAUAAAUCGCUCAAACACUUCCGUUAAGUAUGAUCGAUCGUUUGAUAACGUGAGGGGGAGAGAUUCCAGAGACGCUCCAUCUAGGGAAUCUGAAUCAAACCUAUCGCUGAGGACGAAAGAGUCGAGAUACACGGAGCGCGAUAGAAGUCCGCAUUUUAGACCAAUGUCUGACAGUAGGGAUAGACACGUGUCGUCUCAAGUUAAGUCUGACAGAGAUCAUCACUACUCUGAACCAAAUGUGUCUGACCGUUGGAAUCAUCCGGUGGGGUCCCAAACGAAGUUUGGUUCCAACAAUCAGAAGCCUUGGGCUGCAAAAGGAGGAACGUGGCGUCCAGACCCGCCCACUGUUGACAGGUGGAAUCCGGGUUCAAGUUCUUCGAGCAGAUCUUCGCUGAACCAACAAUUUUCAGGAAAUUCCAGCAUGGCCCCCACCUGCCCCCCACCACCAGGAAUCAACAAUUAUUCAGAUAGAUUCGAUUAUAAUAAAUCGAGUAGCAUUAGGAAAUAUUAAUUGGAGUGUCUCUGUAAAUGGUCUUGUGUAAGCUUGUUCAUUUUGUUUUGUUUUUUAAGUUUAACUACUUACAAUUUAAUUUACCGGUUUUGACCAAUUGAAUACAUAUUUUAAGCUGUGA